UUACCAUGAAAAAUAUUUCCUGAAUACUAGCGACAACGGUGUGCGAUGUGAUUAUGUGGUGUUGCGGCAAUGAAAUGAAAAUGUUCCUGUCGAACGAAAUUGCACAUGGCGGCGGUAGAACAUCAUGGAAUAGGCGCUCCGUAGAAACGCGUCGGAAAUCAGACUGUUCAUUCCAAUUCCAUCCUCCAUAGGAGCGAUACAAUAUCAAUCAUUACUGUGGUCAAUAGAAAAGUGCCCUAAUUCUGUUGCCUUGCCGACAAGCAUUGCCUCCGCAUUAAUUAGAUCUGCGGCUUUAAAAGUCGCAUCACGAGUUUGCUCUGCUUCGCGGGGGUUUGUUAUAGAGUGUGUGUGUGUGUAGUAAACUAUCGAAAAACUCACACAAUGACUACCACACGGGAGGACGUAUUGCUUCAGAUGGGAGAAGUUCGGUUUAAGAAGGGCGAUGGGACGCUUUACGUGAUGAACGAACGAAUCGCAUGGAUUGCUGAGCAUCGCGACACCGUUGCAGUAUCACAUCGUUUCCAGGAUAUUAAAAUGCAAAAAAUUUCACCCGAAGGUAAACCGAAGGUACAGCUCCAGGUCGUACUGCACGAUGGCAACAGUUCGACGUUUCACUUCGUUAACCGGCUCGGACCGCAGGCACAGAUGGCCGACCGUGAUAAGGUGAAGGAGCUGUUGCAACAGCUGCUGCCAAACUUUCGACGCAAGAUCGACAAGGAGCUGGAGGAAAAGAAUCGCAUCCUGACGGAGAAUCCGUCACUGUUGCAGCUGUACAAAGAUCUGGUCAUAACGCAGGUGUUGACGAGCGAAGAGUUUUGGGCCCGCCAUGCCAAGGAUUACAUGAACAAGGAGCAAACGGUAAAGCAAGAUAUCGGUGUGUCUGGUGCGUUUCUGGCCGACAUCAAACCGCAAACGGAUGGGUGCAAUGGAUUGCGGUACAAUCUAACAGCCGACAUUAUCGAAUGCAUCUUCAAAACGUAUCCGGCUGUGAAGCGAAAACACACCGAGCAUGUGCCGGCCAAGAUGACCGAGGCCGAGUUUUGGACAAAGUUUUUUCAAUCGCACUACUUCCAUCGGGACCGUAUCGUGGCGGGCGGCACCAAAGAUAUUUUCACCGAGUGCGGUAAGAUCGACGAUCAGCAGCUGCGCCAAUCGGUGCAGGAGAAUCUCGGCGAUCCGCUGCUGGAUAUACGGGCGUUCGAAGAUAAUACGCUUGAGGAUGGAUUUUGCAGUUCGGCCACUGCCAAGCAGCAGACGGUAAACAGUGGCAACAUCGUGCAUCAGAGCAUGAUCAAGCGUUUUAAUCAACAUUCAUUUUCCGUGCUAAAAACAUGUACCGAUGUGAAAACGUUAAACUGUGGCAUCGGUUCCAUACUGUCCGCUACACCGGUCAAUGAUUCAUCCACCAACGGUGCGACGGUUACUGCCAACGGGAAAGCGAAUAGCAACAACAGCUCACAGCCGACCGAUGGAAGUAACAACAACAACAACACGGUGAAUGGAUACAGCAAGAAAGAGAAAAGAACGCACGAUCAGCAGCAGCAGCACCUUGCGAACGGUGGGACCACAAUGGAGCACAAGAGUAAUGGGACCAGCACGGGAGCGAACGGGGCGUUUGUCGAGCCGACGAUGAAGAAGGCUCGGAUUCAAGCGAAAAUUACCUACGACGAUCUGGAAGGUGAAGAGGAUGAGCGGACGCGUGUGAAGCAGCUGAAUUUGACCAAAAUCGAACGUUACCUUCAUGGGCCGGUACCGGCCGGUGGUAGUGGUCACGAUUCAUCACUGUCCACCAAUCAGCAUGGGGAAGGGUCGGCCAGUUUGCAUGAUUUCGAAACGACUCAUGCAAUGAUCCUAGAGGCGGCCAAUGGGACGUGGAGUAAUCGAACGCCCCAUAAGCUGCUGGUCAGUCCGGCUGCUGCAGUCAGUGCGCUCGGCGAUCUCAGCCCGGGUGGUGCGCUCAUGAGAGGAUUCCAGGAACAAAGCCUUGCCCAACUUGUGCCUCCGGAUAUAGAGAAGGAAGUGCGUAACCUUUAUCUAUCGUUGCUGGAAUUGCUGAAGGAGUUUUGGAAAUGUUUCCCACCAACUACGCCACAGCUAGAGUCGGAGGCAACCCGCAUGCACGAUAUAUUGCAACGCUUCGCGAUGGUCAAAUUGAAACCCUUUGAGGAUCGUGCCAUGAGAGAACUGUUGCCAUUGGGUUCCUCGCUAACGCAGCAUUUGAAUCAAUUGCUCCAGUCGGCCAAUCGGAAGUACGCGAUUUGGCAGGAUCGGCAUCGUCGUACGCACAGGUAGCACUGCUCUCCGAUGCUCCACUAGCGGGGACAGGCUUUUGGGGGAUAGUCUGUACACUAUCAUCACAUUGCCGCGGCGCCAUUAUCAGCACCAACAAUCCGUUUGUUACCUUUUCGCUAAAGAAUCGAUGGCAAAUUGCAUCUCCUGCUCGUUUCCUUUGUCAUCAUUUCCACCAUUGUCGUCUCUGCAUCGUCCUCGCCGCCGUAUUCGUCCUGUUUUUUUUUGUUCAAUAUUGAUGUGUAUAGUGCAUAAAGCUAAAAUUAGAGUAUAUUACCAAGCCAAAAGGAGGGGAAUUAAUUUUUGUUUGUUUCGAUUCUUUGGAAUCCCUAAAACGGAUCUGAAGUGAAGAUGCGCACAUGGGGAGGGGAGAGAAGUGAUGAGGGUGUGUCCCAAUCCUUUAUCGGCUUGGUUCGAUUGUGUACAUGCACCAAAUAAAAAGCGAAUGCAUGCCGACAGAAAUAUGUGAAUGUUGAUUGUUUAACAACGUGUGGCCUAUGGGAAUCCCGUCUUGAUUGAGGAUCGCACACAACGCGAGCAAACGGGUUAGAAGGGUUUAACCGCAAAAAGGGAGUUUAGUAUUAAUGAGGCACCGUGGGAAUAUGUCGAUAGGAGGGGAAAUGGAAAUGCAGGAACGGUUUUAAAUGCGCCAACUUGUCAAGAAUCAAUUACUUCAAAGAUCAUGAAAUAUAUUCAUAUCAUCUACGAACAAA